AUGUGCCGCGUCGUACUGCUCAACCAGACCCAGUACGUCAAUCAUCAGUUGGGAGCGAGGCUCCCAAGUAUCACGGGACGAGGUAACUCGUCCGACGUCCGUUCACAUCGCGGUGUUUCAGUAGCCGCUCAAUCAGAUAGGGCUGGCCACCGCGAGAGUCCUCUAAUGGAGGUGGAGGAGGAGGGAAGACGCUCUCCACACGAUCAUGGGGAUCCGUGUGUUCCCGAGAGCUUCUUUGAUCGCGUAACGCAAGGGUUACGCGGCGAUCUCGAACAUGAGCGGGACAGGCAUCUCCAACUGGCGGACACUGUCUUGAAGCAUCGAGCUGAGUUUUCCUUUGCUCAGAUUGGGAACUAA